CUCGUGAUUGGCUGGAGGAGUCACGUGCUUUGUGACAGACGGCGGCCUGGACUCAGCAUGGAGCACUUGGAGGCUUUAGCUUUGUGGAUACGGAAAAAUUGUUUCAACGAGAAGUUCCGCAGACACGCUGUAUGGGGACUGGCGGGCAUCUCGCUGCUCGGCUCGCUGGUGAAGGAGCAAUGGCCGCUGCCGGACUCUUACCUCAAUAACAAGAAGAACGUCCUGAAUGUGUAUUUUGUCAAGGUCUCCUGGGGGUGGACAUUCCUCUCCCUUUUGCCUUUCAUCGCCUUGACCAGCUAUGUCGCUACGAGAAGCCUGGGCACAGUUUUCCGCAGGCUGGGCGCCCUCCUGGUAGGGACCCUGGUCUGGUAUACCUGCACCCAGUUCUUCAUGAUGAUUGAGAACUACACUGGCACGUGUUACAACUCCUCCAUGGUGCCGGAGAUCAGACCGGAGCACACGGAUAAACGCUCGUGUCUCACCAGCGGAGGCUUCUGGGAUGGGUUUGACAUAUCCGGCCAUUCCUUCCUGUUGCCGUACUGCACCCUGAUGAUCCUGGAAGAAACCGCCGUUGUCCACAUUGUCCGUUUUGAGAAGUCCUGGCAGAAGCAUCUCAUCAAUGCCCUGACUUUGUCCCUGGCGUUCCUGGUUUUUGUCUGGGUUUUUAUGUUUUUUUGUACCGCCAUUUAUUUUCACAACUUCUUCCAAAAACUCCUGGGAACCAGUUUUGGAAUUUUGGGGUGGUACGUCACUUACAGGCGGUGGUACCUGACGCCAUAUUCCCCUGGACUCCCUCCGAGAUCUACUGCCAAAGAGGGGAAAAGAGGCUAUAGUAAAUAAUGCCAGGUAGUACCAGGAGCAUGCCCCUAAAAAAAAAA